GCUUUUACUCCAUAUCAAUCCACUUUCUCGAGUCAUGGCCAUGGAAGCUCUGUUUACCCUGUCCUUUCAUUCCAGGAUAAGUUAGAGGUAGAUGCUGCUUAUCCUUUCUGAUUUUCACAUUACGUUUACGUAGUGUCGGAGAAGAGUAAUCAUUUAUGCAUCUUCUUUUUGCGUUUUUAGUUCUCGAUGAUUUAUCUAUCCUUUAAUUCAAUUAUGCUGGUACUCGAGGAUUCUUAAAGCUUUUGAUAAUCUUGAUUUCUUCGGUGGAGUUGCCUAUUGAUGUGAAAUUUAGCUUCAAAUGCUGUGUUAAACAGGGUGGAUGAGAAUAAAUUUGGGUAACUGCGAAUCAACUUGGACUGUUGUUCGAAGUUGCAUAGAACUGACAUUCUCCACUUGUUAUAGAUGAGUUUGUAAAUUUAUGUAUCCCAAAAUUAAGAAAUGACAUAAGGAAGAGGAUAGAAAUGGAGGCGCAAUCAGUCAUAGCAAGAAGCACAAUUUUAUUAUGUUUUGUUGGGUCACUGAGAAGGAAAAGGGUGGGUUUCGUUGUUUUCUCUCGCCAAAGAGACCCAACAGAGCGAGCUUUAGCACGCAAGUACAGAUAAUAUGGGAGUGGAAGCAGGAUCAAAGCGUCUGCAGCAAGGAAAUCUCUGUAGAUUGUGCAUCAUUAAUACAAACUUUACAUAGGAAAAGUUUGCCUCAUCUAGCUCAUGAACUUAUGCUAGAGAUGAAAUCCCAAGAUCUUCUACCCAGCAACUCUACCCUUUCAGCUAUGAUGCUUUGUUAUGCCGAUAAUGGCCUUUUCCCUCAAGCUCAAGUGAUAUGGGAGGAAUUGUUGAAUUCUUCUUUUAUGCCUAGUAUUCAACUAGUUUCUCAAAUAAUUGACGCUUAUGGGAAGUGGGGACUUUUUAAUGAAGUAAUGAAAAUUCUGGACCAAUUAAGUUACAGUAAUUUCAGCAUGUUAAAUGAGGCUUACUCACUGGCUAUAUCUUGCUUUGGAAAAGGAGGACAGCUGCAGUUGAUGGAGCAAACUUUGAAGGAGAUGGUUUCAAGGGGUUUCCCAGUAGACUUCGCCACUGGUAAUGCCUUUAUCAGAUAUUCAAGUAUCCAUGGUUCUUUGACUGAGAUGGAAGCUGCUUAUAAUCGCUUGAAGAGCUCUAGACAUCUCAUAGACAGAGAAGGAAUAAGAGCAAUGUCAUUUAAAUAUAUAAAGGAAAAGAAAUUUUACAAGCUAGGUGAGUUCCUGAGAAAUGUUGGUCUUGGUAGGAAAGAUGUGGGAAACCUUAUAUGGAACUUGCUGCUGCUAUCUUAUGCAGCCAAUUUCAAAAUGAAAAGUUUGCAGAGGGAAUUUCUGAGAAUGUUGGAAGCUGGUUUCAAACCUGAUGUCACUACAUUUAACAUUCGAGCUUUGGCAUUUUCAAGAAUGGCUUUGUUGUGGGAUCUCCAUCUUAGCCUUGAACACAUGAAGCAGGAAAAGGUUUCUCCUGAUCUAGUGACUUGUGGUUGUGUGGUAGAUGCUUACUUGGAUAGACGACUAGGCAAAAACUUGGACUUUGCCCUCAACAAAAUGAAUUUGGAGGGUUCUCCGGUAAUAUCAACAGAUCCAUUUGUGUUCGAGGUUUUGGGUAAAGGGGAUUUUCAUUCAAGCGCAGAAGCAUUUUUAGAGUCCAAGAGGUACAGAAAUUGGACUUACAGGGAACUUGUUUUACUAUAUCUCAGGAAACAGUACCGAAGUAACCAGAUCUUCUGGAACUACUGAGCAGUGACGGUACCAAGGACCUAUUGGAAGAUCACAGGGCAGCUAAGCACCAAAUGGGAAUUAUUCGGGCUGAUGGUGGUGGAUCUCAACCGUGAUUCGAUGGGGUUAACGUGCUUUUGUAGAUAAUUGGAUCAUCAUCGUCUUUAUCCCUACCCAUGAGAGAGAGAUUCGUUCUUGUUACCUUCGUCGCUUUCAUAAAUUCCCGAAAUGCAACUAUGUACACCUAAAAGGAGGCAUGAUGGUUCUUGCCAUAAUUUUCUUUCGGGUGAUAUUUUGAGGGGAUCACUUUUGAUUCCUAGAAAUUUAUCCUUCAACUAUUCUGUUAUUGUGCUUAACAUGUAAAAAAAGAACCGAGUCUUGUGAAUCGAAAUACCUUAAACGUA